AGACCUCGUCAUGGCUGGCAACACCAAGUACGAUGACACACUCUUCGCCAUGAUGACUCAGCAUGAGAGUGAAAUGGAGUUCCUGAACACAAUUUUCGGAUUUUUGCAACGUAGAACACAAUGCUUCAAUGGACCGAAGGCGGAAAACAACUUUCAGACGCUCAUCAACACGCUCUCCCACCAGCUGGACGUUUACCGGAAAGCAGAGUAUAAGAAGCAGCAGGGGAUCGACGAAGAUGACGAGGAGCUGAAGAAAAUCGAAGAGGAGAAGAAAAAGAAGCAGCUUGCAGAAGAAAAAGCCGCUAAAGAGGCCAGGGAGCUGGCAGAGGCACGAAAGAAGGAGCAGGCGGAACGUGAAAAGUUGCGCAAAGCCAAAGAAGAAAGGGGAGAAAUACCCAAAGAGCCUGAAGAACCCAAGGAUAAGGAAUCCGAAGACGAAGAUGAAGGCGAAGACAAUAAGGGGGCCAAGCCGAUAUCCAACGGAGGAGUCACGGACAAAUACACCUGGACUCAGACGCUGUCGGAAGUGCAAGUAAUCAUCGAUUCCCAGAAGCUAGGGUUGCCGCCUGGAGUUCCAUUGAAAUCUCGUGAUCUUACGGUCUCGUUGACAAAGAAGAAGCUCAAGAUUCAGUUGAAGGGGAAGGAGCCUCUUGUGGAUGGUGAGCUUCAUAAGGAGGUCAAGACUGACACUUUCAUCUGGACUAUCGAGGAUGCGAACCGGCUGGUGUUGAGCAUGGACAAAGAGAACGGGAUGGAAUGGUGGAAAUGCGUGAUUAUUGGAGACCCAGAGAUCAACACUCGUAAAGUAGAGCCGGAGAACUCGUCGCUUUCAGAUUUGGAUGGCGAUACUCGACAAACUGUUGAGAAGAUGAUGUUUGAUCAGCGGCAAAAGGCAAUGGGUCUUCCUACCAGUGAAGAGCAGAAGAAACAAGACAUGCUCAAGAAAUUUAUGGAGCAACAUCCAGAAAUGGACUUUUCAAAGUGCAAGUUUAACUAGAUCUGCUCGAUGUCAUAAUAAAAGUGAAGUUAAGAC